AUGUCGCACACACCGCCAGAGCUUCGAGCUCUGUUUGAUAGUCUAAUGUCAAACCCGCCUCCGGGCGGCCUAUCUCACGCGUUUUCGUCUGCCAAUAAGCAGCAGCAACAGCAAGCUGGUGCUCAUUCCAGCUCCCCUGGUCUCACUCACCAGCACCCUCGCUACGCUCCCCCUUCCGUAUCGUCUCCCCUCGUCAGUCCGCCGGUGGCUGGAACGCCUCCCCAUCAUGGAUCAGACAUAAUCAGUCCUAAUACCUUCACUCCUCGCAAUGAGCCGAAUGUAUCUCUUAAUUCAGCUGCAGGCCCGUCCUCACACUUGCUGAAUUUGUUCAAAUUCGGCAACCCGGAGUCUGGGACUAACUCACCGAGGCCUCAGCAACCUGCUGGAGGAUUCUUGAAUGGGAACGAACAAGGGCCCUUGAACAAUGGAAAGAGUCAGAACGGCCACAACCGCGGCAUAUCCGCUUCUGACUUGAUUUCGUCGUUUAUGCCUAAGCCCGACACGAAAUCUGCAGUCGCUGCGGAUGCAACCUCGGCUAGCCCGGCUACACAGGUUGAGAGUGCUGAACAGAUGCUGCUACGACUACUGAAUCGACCAAAACCUCAUGAAAACGUUUCCCCAGAGCCAACAAAAACUGCGGAAAGUAAGCCAGUGGUUCCGCCCCCAGUCGCGAUCGAACGCAAAUUUUCUGAAAAUGAAAGCAUCGGAGGCCGCAAACCCUCACCGGCUCGCACGUUUGGCACUCGAGAGAGCCGCGAAACUACUCCAUUCGAGCCACCAAAACCACAGUCACCUGCUCAAGGCCCGAUGUUUACUUACCUCAAUCCAUUUGAGCAACUUGCGUCCGCGUCAACACGUCCGCUAUCUUCUCAGAUGAACAAAUCUGGUCCAGGUGGCGCCGUAUCUGGAGCCGCUGUUAAAAAAGGCAAAGAGCCCCAGUUGAAAGCUGCCAACGGCUUGACGCGUUCGCGCGAGGACACGAGCUCCCAGGCUGAAGCGGAAGCGACAACGUCUCAGGAGUCACGACAUGAAAAGAAAAAACUCAAGACUAAGGAAACAGUCCCAGAAGCUCUCAUAGGUGUGGCUGAAAAAGUCGAAGGCCAAGUCGAGGCUGCUCUCGCUCAAGCUAUUGGCGAGGAACGGGAACCUUCGAAAUCCGAGUCGAAGGGCGAAUCAACCCCGCAACCGUCGAUAGAAUCUGCAACGGAGCACAAAAAGGCAGCCGACGUUGUUCCAGAAAAGCUUGAAAAAGAGCCUUCUGACAAUGUUCCUGCCAAACCUGCUGAAACAAAGAAAGACAAAGAUUUAAUCGAAUCAUGGGAAAACGAAACCGAACGCAUCGUUCCUGUAUACAGCUUUCCUUUGAAGCCUUUUGUAUCCAUUACUUGGAAAGGUGUUACGACAGAUGUAGUCCGUGUCCGUGAAGACGGAUUCAUGGACAUUGCACGGUUGAAGAAGGCCUUCGAUCAAGUCGAUCGUUCUCUCACCUCAGCGGAUGCCGAGUAUAUAAUCUAUGCUCUUUCCAAAUCCACUGGGAUGCGCAUUAUUCGCCAGGAUGACGGUCGUGAUAGGCAAGCAUUCCGUUCAUAUAAUGAUCGAAUUUUCAAUGUCGCGUUGUGCCGGGCCGGACCGAACCCACUGAAGGGAAGGAGAAGGCGGUUUUGGGCAUUGGCGUCAGCGGGGGAUGAUAACCUUUUCGAGAAGGAUGCCCUAGACACAAGGACCCUAUUGUUUCCUCCCUUCCCCGCGUUUGAUGAGAACACAUCUGGCGGCCAGCUGAAAACGCGCGCUAGACCAAGUUCUCGUCAUCCUGAAUUCUUCGCCAUUGGCCGCGGUAAAUCGAUUCACGUUAUAUGGCCCCACGCUGCUUUGUCUCCAAAAUAUGGUGUUUCGGGGUCGGAUCGCAAAGUCGAUACCGAGAAAUUUUACAAGGAACGAGCACUAAAGAUUUCGACCGGAAAAGCCGGAAAGGAUUUCGCAUUCAGUGACGAUGAUACCAUCAUCGUGUCACUUGACAAAACGGGCCGGAUGAGGUUUUGGGAUAUCGAGGAGGUGAUUGAUGCUGACCCGGAGGCGCCUAAGCCUGAUAUCCGUGUACCGCUGCUUACGCUCGUCACUGCGGCGCCGAGUGAGAAAUCGUGGCCCACGUCCGUUUUAUUCAUUGACAAAUUGCGACCUUACCUGAAAAUGUGUGCCAUGCGUUAUAUGCUUCUUGGCUUUAGGCAGAAUCACACCCUUCAGUUGUGGGACCUUGGACUAGGAAAGGCUGUACAAGAAUUGAACUUCCCCCAUGAAAAGGAAUCUGAUGCUAUUUGUAGUGUCGCAUAUCACCCUGGUUCUGGAAUAAUUGUCGUUGGUCAUCCAACUCGCAAUUCAAUCUACUUCAUCCACUUGUCCGCACCAAGAUAUACCCUCCCUCCGAUGUCGCAAAAGGCAUACAUUCAAGGCGUUGUGGACAAGGAUGAAAACUUGUUUGGACCUCAAUCCACAGCUUGCAUGAGUGGAAUUCGCGAAUUGUCAUUUGGAGCCAGAGGCCAAUUGAGAAGCCUCGAACUACUUCCUUUGGGGAAGUCUUCCUCGCAACGUGGAAUAGAAGAUGAUGCCGGCCUCUUUGAACUAUACGUUAUGCAUUCUCGCGGUGUUACGUGCUUGAAUAUCAAAAAGGCAGACUUGGGCUGGAGCAUGGACAAUAAGGUCAUCCAGCACGUCGACGCGUUAGAAAAGAAUCUCAUUGAGCUGAAGGAUCUGCGAACUUUGCCUUCUCCAGUCGACGAACAAUCUGUCAAUGGUGAGGGCUCGUCUUCAGCGGUGGGAAAUAACAAAGACAGUACGAAAAAGUCUGAAAUUGUGGCGGAAAAGACCUCCGAGACUCCAUCAUCGCGCUCUGAAUCUCCGAUUAAAGAAGGAAAGAAAAAAUCAAUCCUCCAGCAAGAGCCAGGCCCGGUUGAGAAAGUUGAGAAAAAGAAAAAGAAAAAGGGCGCCGCGGAUAACGUUGCGCAAGCAAAAGAGCUUGUCGAGCCACAGAAAUCCGUUGCGGACAAGGGAGAGAUUCAAGCUUCUCAGCAAAACGAUGCCUCCGCCAAAGAUGCAGAGCAAGCCCAGGUUGAUCAGCCCCUAGUGGAGAAGCCAAAGGUUGUCAAGACUUCACCUCCUGAGAGUAUUUCGACCGGUGACCUAGCGAAAGGAAUAAGUGACGUUAAAGAUGCCUUAUCGGCUGAGUUUUCCAAGCGCCUUAGCAAUGAGCUUGGAGAUCUUUAUAACCGCUUUAACGACGACAGACGUGCGCAAGAUGAACUGUCGAUUUCGAGACAGGACGCCAUGUUACGAUUAGUCUCCAGCACUCUUUCUGAGAAUGUCGAGAAAAACCUUGCACGUAUUAUCAGCGGCAAUAUUGAGUCUACCGUUGUGCCAACCAUCAAAAGCGUGAUUACUGCCUCUCUGGAAAAGAGAGUUACUGAAGAACUCGACAAGAAUAUCCGUGCGGCAGUUCCACAGUCUAUCAGCAGCGUCCUUCCAGAGGCUAUUACCCGCGAAUUACAAUCGCCAAAUACUCUCAAAUCUAUAUCUGACUUGGUGGCACCGGCGGUUGUGAAGAGCGUUGAAAGCGAGCUUGCCAACGUCGUCCGCAACAAGAUAAUGCCAACAAUCAAAAACGAGUAUACUCGUACAACCGAAAAAUUAAUUGGUGAUGUGGAGCACAUGUUUGCUUCGAAGCUCAGUCAAUACGAGAACCAGCGUAUCACCGAUGGUGUCAAGAUUGAACAGCUUACUACUCAAGUUAGCUCUUUGGUUCAAGUUAUUUCUACAAUGGCAGCUUCUCAAACAAAGUUCCAAGAUGAAAUCUUAGAGAUGAAUCGCCGUUUCGAAGAGAUGCAGGUGGCUGCCCAGGAACAACGCAGCUCCGCUUCUGCCUUGGGCAGGGAGGAUCAUCCUGGCCCUGAACUUUCUCCUGAGGUGUUGGAACUGCGAGAAAUCUCUCAGUUGAUGGAAGAAGGGAAUUACGAAGAAGCAUCUGUCAAAUGGCUUCAAUCUACCCAACAGGCCGAGAUUUUUGACAAACUCUUUGUCAACUACAAUUCGGAUUAUUUAACAACACUCCCACCGCUCUUAUCUCUCUCCGUCAGCGCUGCUGUCACUUCCUCUCUGAAAACGAACGUGAUGGCCCGUCUUGAUUGGCUCAAGCGAGUGUUUCAAACUGUCAAUGUUAGGGACCCUGAUAUUUCCCAGGUCGUCCCUAAGAUCAUGGAUAUUCUUAUUCAACGUCUCCAAGAACUUUACAUGUCCGUUGCCCGUGAUUCGCCACAUGACCCGAUCAUUCCUAAAAUCGCACCUCUCACCCGCUGGGCAAGAGAUCUAAAAGAGAGUAGCUAUGGUCAAGCAUAA